UUUAAGAUUGAGAGAAUCUUUUUACUUUAUUUUAUGUUCUGUUAAACCCAUUUCGGAGCACCUGUGAGGUUUAGAGAAUGUUAUAUAAUUCUGGCUAGAAGAUAAAAUUAUCCACAGCUUGUAGGUUUAGAACCUUGUCGUGUCGAAAGUAAAAAAGGGUUCUACUCUACAAUCAUGUUUCAUUAUUCAAGAGUGUGAUUGUCAGAGAAAGAGAGCUUUUUUUCUUUUUUUUUGGGUGUGUUUUAGCAGGUGAGUGUUUUUGGUUUGUCGUUUACCAAUAGAGUUAGGAAAUAAUACAUUGUUGCUUUUUUAGUAAAGAGAAGCUGAGAGUUUGAUACCUCUUUGUUCCAGUCAAAGUAUAGAGGAUCUGGGUUCUAGAGUUUGUCUCUUGCUCAGAUAAGAUUGAGACUAUUCAGAAGUCCCCUGUAAGCUUUUCCUUCACUUUCUUGGGUAUGUCUUGCAGUGGAAUCAAGUGGAUUUUCAGGUAGACUACAGCUUAUGAUGGUUUUUUGGCUAAGAUAUUUCAGUGCAACUUGAGCUUGUUAUUUUGAUGAUUUGAGGUAAGAUCAGAAGUUCUCUAAUGUGAUUUGAAGGCAAAGAUGAAAUCUUUGAGUAGUGUAGGACUUGGUCUGAGUGUAGUUUUUGGUUGCCUUUUCUUGGCUCUUGUUGCUGAGCUUUACUACUUAUUGUGGUGGAAGAAGAGGUUUGCCAAUGGAAGGAUUGAAAAUGACUACAGCAGCCCCGCUAGAGAGCUAUUCUACAUGUUUUGCUGGAAAAAGUCUACUUCUUUGAGUCACACAGCUUUGGAUCCCCAGGAACUUCGUGCUUCUGUGGGAAUCGCAGGCACCCUUGUCCAUGAACCAGAAGCCCAGCUUCAUAUGCAGUCAAACAAGGAUUUUUGGCUCAAACCCUUUGGAGAGGAUGACAUAGAGACAGAGUUUAUGAGGCUAGAAAACCUCUCAGGCCCUCCAAGAUUCCUCUUCACAAUUAUAGAGGAAACUAGGGAGGAUUUAGAGUCUGAAGAUGCCAAGUCUAAGGGUGACAAGAGUGGAAAGAAUUCAAGAAGUAGAAGCUUGAGUGAUUUGAUUCUAACAGUGGAGACUCCAUAUUUGACCCCUCUGGCUUCUCCAUCAUUUUUCACUCCCCCUCUUACUCCACAAAAACAAAAUGGAUUCAACCCUCUAUUUGAAUCAGCAACAGAUGCAGAGUUCAACAGGAUGAAGUCAUCACCUCCUCCAAAAUUCAAGUUCUUGCAGGAUGCAGAGGAGAAACUUGAAAGAAAACUAAUGGAAGCAGCUCAAGAAAAGGUUCAUAUUGGCGAUGAGCUUGUUCAAGAAAACAUAAAUAAAGAUUCCCAUUCAAAGUUUCAUAAAGAUGAGGAAGAUGGGCCUUUCAUCACAAUCAUUGUGGACAGGAACAAGGAAAGAGAGCUUAUUAAUCACCAUUUACCACAGUAUCAUUCAAGCACUUCACAGGUACUUCCUCUAGCUUCUUCACCUUCAACAUUCAGAACACAGAUUAACAAGGAGCCCAAUUUUCAUUAGAGUUUGAUUAACCAAUAUGAAAUGGUUUUGUCUUUCUUCUCCCCCCACCUUUGUAUCUUAUUGGAUUUUUUUCGAUGUUUGUCAGUCUUUUUUAAGAUUGUAUCUUAUUUCUUCUGCGGUGUUUGGGGAUGCUGUUAGUGUUAUAACCUUAUAGGUUAAACUUGCUUAACCAUUGUGGAAUGUAUCUUGAAUUUUCAAGGUGGGUCUGAGACUCUGAUGCAAGUGUUGGGGAGACCUGUGGGGGUUAUUUGUUUUAUUCAAUCUCCAUGUCUCCACAGUGUCUAAAACCUGUAAUCAUUCUUGUGACUGAUAUUAUUGUCGAAAGGGCACUGUAAAAUUCUUUCAAGGCCAUGCCUUUCUUUCCCCUUAA